AUGCUCGGUCUCAAGGUCCUCCUCUCCUUCGGUCUGGUCGCCGUGGCUUCGGCCGGCAACAUGCAUGGCCUGAACGACCUCAUCCGCCGCGAGGAAUGCCCGGCCGCCGCUACGGUCUACGUCACUGUCUGCGGUACUUCUACCGGCGGUGCUUCCACUGCUACUGUCCCCGCCACCGCUUCGGCUACCUCUGCCCCGGCUGGCGAGACGACGCCUGCUAGCAGUGCUCCGGUCUCAUCGGUCCCUGGUGGCCCUGAGACUCCGGCUUCUGGCCCGACCUCGACCGCUCCUGUUGGCACCGCUACUGGUUCUUCGGCUGUUUCGGGCACUGAGACCCCGGCUCCCUCUUCGGGUACGGCUUCUGGCAGCGCCCCGGCCUCGUCCUCGGUUGGCGGCUCUGGUGGAUCCAGCUCUGCUGCUGCCUCGGAGACUGCCAGCGGCAGCGCGAGCGGCAGCGCUAGCUCUGCUGCGGCAGGCACCUCGGCUGCCGCGUCUUCGACUGCCGCCCCGUCCAGCGGUGCUGCAGCAGUCAAGCUUGACAACGCCAUGGCCGCCCUCUUCGCCGCCGGCGUCUUCGUCGCCCUUGCCUAA